AUGUCAAAAAAAAAGGUGCGCCUUGGCAACACUGAUGACAAGACAGGCAAAAAAAAAGCAAACUCGCCAAAGAUUUCCAUGUGCGUGAUAGCUCGCCCCCUUCUCGGUCCUUAUUGUUCGUACCCUGUUUUGCGCAAGCAAGAGCAAGCACACGCACAAGCACAAGACAGCCAUGGGGAAGCAGGGCUGAUGCCGGAGGGCUUGGCGAUCUAG